AUGAUGGAUUCUUUUUUAAAUGGGAAGCCAGAGAGAGUCGGAUUCGUGGAGGUCGAAGACAUCAAGCGAGAUCUCCAUCAUGACUUUUCUGCUCUUAUCUCAGAAACCCAGUAUGAUGUUCAAUUGGACAAGGACCAUCUACAUGUUUACUUGAGGAUUCGACCAUUCACAUCUACCGAGAGUGACAGCGGAGAGUCACAAGACUGUGUGACAGUAGAAGGGUCAGAUACUGUGAUCCUAAAGGCUCCAAGACACAGUCAACCAAAACCACAGAAUGAGAAGCCCCUCCCCCAAACUGUACAGAAGUUUACUUUCACACAGGUGUAUGGGCCAGAGAGCAGCCAGAGGAAAGUGUUUGAGGGGACAGUUCGUCGACUGGUCAGAGAAGUUCUGGAAGGAGAAAACUCCUUGGUUUUCACCUAUGGAGUCACAAAUGCUGGCAAAACCUUCACCUUCCUGGGACCAGAUAAUGACAGUGGUCUCUUGCCCAGGUCUCUCUCUGUGAUAUUUAAUAGUAUUGAGGGUUGCGUUUACACUCAGAAUGACCUGAAGCCUCAGCGCUGUAGAGACUUCAUCAGGCUGACCCAGGAUCAGCAGCAAGAGGAAACACGGAGCAAGAGAAACCUGCUCAGGUUUUUCAAGGAGAGUGACUGUCAGAAGAAUAGCUUCAACAUCAGAUCCACUUUUCAAGAAGGCUCCUCUAUCAGCAGUUUAAACAGCACCACAGAGACGGAAAGUUUCUGUCUAGAUGUCAACUCCAGUACCAGGUUUUCUGUCUGGGUGUCCUUCUGCGAGAUUCACAAUGAGAACAUCCAUGACCUGCUAGUACAGGUUCCUGGUGGAAACCAAAGGAGGACUGUUCUACGACUUUCUCAAGAUGUCAAAGGGAACUCAUUCAUCAAAGGUGUGUGUGUGUGGACCUUAAGUGGGUGCAGCUCAGACCUGCAGUGGGUUCAUGUCACCAGCUCAGAUGAGGCCUACAAGCUGAUGAAGAUUGGCAAGAAGAAUCAAAGCUUCUCCUCCACCAAACUCAACCAGCAGUCAAGUAGAAGCCAUAGUAUUUUUUCUGUCAAGAUCCUCAAGGUGGAGGACACAGGAGUCCCCAGAGUCCAAACCAUCAGCGAGCUGGCACUGUGUGACCUGGCCGGAUCCGAGCGUUGUUCCAGGACUCAGAAUAGAGGAGAACGUCUUAAGGAGGCAGGAAACAUAAACGGCUCCUUGCUGACGCUGGGCAAGUGUAUCCAUGCCCUGCGACUCAACCAACAGUCCAAGAUCCAGCACCACGUUCCAUUCAGGGAGUCCAAGCUGACGCACUUCCUGCAGGGCUUCUUCUGUGGUCGCGGUAAACUGUCAAUGAUCGUAAACAUCAGCCAGUGUUCCUCCGCCUACGAUGAAACGCUGAACGUCCUCAAGUUCUCUGCUCUUGCCCAGAAGGUUGUUGUCUUAAAUCCCAAACAAGUACUGCCUAGCGUCGCCUGCCAGAGGUAUGCUAGAGAAGUCUCCAUGAUCAUCGACGAAGCCGAUCGCCGUAAAAACCAGUGGGGUCGUGGCCACAAGAGCUCGUUGAUCGGCUGGCAGACCACCCUGGAGGACGUGGAGGAGAAUGAAAAUGCAGACGAGGAGGAGCAGGAAGAGGAGAGCGCGGUUGAGAAUACGGUUCUAGAGGAAAGGACUGAGGAGGAGGGGGAAGAGGAGGCGAACACAGCCAUGGAGGAAGACCUACAUUCAGAGAGUGAGGCACAACUACGUCUGGUCCUUGAGGCUCAGAUCAGGGCGGAAGUCAGCGCUGAGUUCGUGGAUCUCUUCAACAAGAUCGAGGAAGACUACAACAAGCGUUUGGCUAAGGAGAAAGAGAUCCUUGAGGAUAAAGCAGAGAAGAGAUUGGAGAUAUUUAAGAAUUUGGUCAAAGAAACGACCCGUCUCUCCAGUGCUGACUCCGAUGCUGCUGAGGUUAUGACGGAGGAAAUGAUCAGAACCAUGACAGAGGACCUUCAGAAGAUCAAACGGGAUGCAGAGGCGGUUCACAGCUGUCUGACUGACAGCACAAACUCUGCAGAGCUGGAGGCCUUGCAUUUGGAGAAGCAACAGUUGCAUGACCAGCUACAGGAAACCAAGAAGAAUUUGGAGCAGCAGCAACAGAAGUUUUCUGAGCUGAUGGAGAUUUGUCAGGAAAAAGAUGAUGCCAUCAACAAGCUGCAAUCUGCCAUGAACAGCACUGCGGAGAAUACCACCAAAGACAGGGUACUGAUGGAGUCCAUCAGACAGGAGCUGCUGGAACACCAACAAAACUGUCACUGUCAGAGGAGAGGGGAGGAAAAGGAGAAGGAUGGCGGGAGCAGGAAACGGCAGGCUGACACUAUGGAGACAAGUGAAGGAGGACCAGCAAUGAAAAGAGUGAUCUUGGAGGAGGAAAUCUGGAGGCUGCAGGAGGAGAAUGACAGGAAGGAAGAGAGUCUCUCCCAGUUGAGAGGAGAGAAGGAGGAGAGUACAAGACUGGAAGAAGAGCUGAGGAGGAGAGACGAAGAGGUGGAGGAGUUGAAGAAGGAGAAGGUUUCCUUGGAGAGGAAGAUAGAGGGACUAACUGCUAGGAAUGAGCAGCAGUGUUCAGACUGCAUGGCUCUCGUCUCAUCCUUGGAAAUGGAGGAGAGCGAGACUGCCAGGCUGAAUAAAGAGAAUAAAUCUCUGGUCAACGGCAUGUUUCAGCUGCAGCAGACCAUCCAGAAUCACAGCUCUGAGGUCGCCAGCCUCCAGAACCAGCUCAGCGAGCAGACUGAGCUGGCUAACAGCCUGUCAGCCAAUCUAGAUGACACUAAGGCCCGCCUCAAGCAGCUGGAGAGCCAAUCAGAAGAGAAGACCAAAACUAUCACCUGUCUAACCCAGGAGAGCUGUGAGGAAAAGGAGAGGGUGGGGGUGGUCCGUGCUGGUAUGGAGGAACUGAAGAAGGAGAGCCAGGCGGCCCUGCAGAGAUCGGCUCAGAAGAGCCAACAGAUAGAGGAGCUGGAAAAAGACGUGAAGCGCCUCACAUCUCUCCUGCAGGACAAAGAGAAGGAGUUGCUCCAGCUGAGAGAGGAGUUGGCUAAUCAGAAGGAAGAGUCCUCCAGCCAGCUUCAGAGCUGGCAGACUGAGAAGGGAGUCCUAGCACAGCAGGCAGAGAGCCUCCUGGUGCAGCUGAAGGCCUCUGAGGCGAGCUGCGCCAGAGGGCUCAUGCUGGAACAACAACUGGCUGACAGCGAAUCCGAGUGUACAGCCCUGCAUGAGAGACUAAAAGAGUUGCAACAGGCCCUCUCAGAGCAGCACAAGGUUCUAGAAGAUAGAAUGAACCAGAUCGAGGCUCUCAACCAAGAACUGGCCGUUGUGAAGGAGGAGCUCACUCUGCAGACUAAAGAGCAGGAGAAGAAACUUCCUGCUGAUCAGGAGAACCAGAGAUUCCAGCAAAGGAAGGCAAGAGAGACAGAGGAGAAAAGAGACAUAGAAUUUGAGGUGGUGAAGAGAGAGCUGGAGAGACUGAAGGAGGAAAAGGAGCAACUGUCACUGCAGAGCCCAGAGUGCACUGGCAAGGUGCUGCUGUCCCCCUUGAAGUCUAACAUGGAGAACAUAAGGUGGGCAGGAGAGACGGAGUCAAUCCCCUUAAAAACGGUGCUGCGCUCCAGGAGGAGGAAAAUCUCUGACACGGAGGACUCGGUGCAGAGCGAGAAUAAGAAAAGCACAGUAAGAGGAGGCACCAGAGGCAAAAAACAGAGAGGUGGAGCUCUGCAGAAGAUUGAAGAUUUCCUCCAGAACUCGCCCUCCACGCUGAGUAAAACCGGUAAUACCUUCAUGGGUCUGGUGAGUGGGCAAUCAGCAGAGAAGGAGACAGUUUCUGAAGCAUCCCGGGCAAAGCUCAAACGGGGCAAAAAGAAACUUUACAAGAUACACAGCUCCUCUCCUCUCCUUACCGCAUCUCCCUGCCUGAUGAUGGGUGAAGCAGAGGAUAAGGAGAGCGAUCACAUGAUCAUCAAGAGACAGCUCCGUUCUAAUUUCUCCAGGAAGUGACACCUGCGGUGAUUGGGAGUCUAUGUGGG